AUGCGAACCAAAGCAGAAGUCACAACGGCACCAGCAGACCCUGAGGACCAGGCAACGCUGGCGCUGCCCGUUGAACCCAAGGAUGUUCCGGUUGAAGACCAACAGCAGCCCGUGUCCUGCGCGUCAAGCAACGCCGGCGGCGUCCUCGGUAGCGUCGAGGGAGAAUUGAUUGACUUCAAGACCCUCCACUGGUUACAAGGAGGCAUUCUGCUGGUGGCGGAGACUGUGUCCCUGGGAAUCCUGUCACUUCCCUCGGUUCUGGCAACCGUGGGUCUCGUGCCAGGUAUCAUCCUCAUUUGCGUCAUUAGUGCGCUGGCAACCUACUCUGGCCUCCUCCUUGCCGAGUUCAGGAAGCAGUACCCCUUCGUCCAGAACUUUGGUGAUGCAGUUGGUCUCCUUGGGAGAUCGAUUGGCAUGGGCGGUGUCUUCAGGGAAGUGUUUGGCUGGGCCCAGACCGUCCUGCAGGUCUUCCUCCUGGGUGGCCAUAUUCUCAUGUGGACUAUUUGCAUGAACACGUUGACGAACAGCACAGUCUGCACUGUCGCGUGGGCGGCAAUUGGCAUGUUCGUUUUCUGGUUAUUCAAUAUCCCUAGGACUUUGAAGUACACCAGCUGGAUGUCAGCAGCAUCUUGCAUCUCUAUUCUGGUCGCUGUCCUCAUCACCGUCAUUGACGUCGGAAUUGAGAAGCCCAUUGGAAGCGGAUCCAUUGAAGUGUUCAAAUCCCUCGGCUUCGCUCCAGCUUUCCUCGCUGUGACUAAUAUCUCAAGUGCUUUCUCCAGCCAUGCCAUCUUCUUCAGUGUCAUAGCCGAGUUCAAAAACCCGGACGACUGGCCAAAAGCGCUGGCGUUCCUGCAGAUCACAGACACCACCCUCUACAUCAUCUCCGCUGUCAUCAUCUACACCUACGUCGGGCCGGACGUCCCAUCGCCUGCCCUUUCUGCAGCUGGGAGCGCCACAGUCCGCAAAGUGAUUUGGGGAGUUGCGAUUCCCACGAUUGCCAUCGCCGCCGUCAUCUAUACCCACGUUGCAUCCCAGUACGUCUUCACGCGCAUCUUCGGCCACACGAAGCACGCCAUCAGGAGGACCAAGCUCUCGACCGUCGCCUGGCUUCUCAUCGCCCUGGGAAUCUGGGCGCUCGGGAUGGUGGUAUCCCAGUCCAUACCCGUGUUCAACGACCUCCUGGGCAUUGUUGCCGCGGCGUUUGCUAGCUGGUUCUGUUUCGGGCUGCCUGGGAUCUUCUGGCUGUGGAUGCACCACGGGAACUGGUUCUCGAGUCGGAGACAGGUAAUUCGCUUUACCAUGAGCUCGCUUCUUCUAGUUGUGGGCUUUCUCCUUUGCGUCUUGGGUCUCUGGGUCUCGAUCCAGUCGGCCGCGACCACAACGGCUUCAAAGCCGUGGACUUGCGCCAGCAACGCGGCUGGAUAA